UUUGUCUGGUUUCCUUACAUUACCAUGCUGAACUAUUACCAAUGUCAAGCUAUACGACAUGACCAACUCAGUAGAAGACCCGGGAUGCUGAAUUCACGAUUUAUCUGACAUAUGGGCGGAGCUGCGAGGAAUUAAAUGUUUUAUAAAGAGAAGGGUGUUUGCACCAUUUCAGGCAUACAGCUCAUAUUGUCAGAGAUGCCAGGCCUCUUACACUGAAGCGCGGUUUCGAGUGGAAAAGCAGAUUCCCAAGUGAAUGAUUCAUAAAUAUUUCAGAAUUAUUGGCCGAGUGUUAUGGGAGGGAGAAGGAACUCCAGUAAACGAGCAAAAUUUGUGCUAGACAUCUCUCCGAUGGUCGGUUGACAUAAUGAUUUGAUUUUCAAUAAUACCAAUGGAGAAAAGCUUGUGGAAGACAAAGGAAAAGAGUUUCGGGGUGCCAUUAUUGGAUUUUGCUAGAAUUUGGCGGCAUUGUUGCAGAAUGUGAAGCUGGAAGGCGGCAGUGUAGCUACGUUGAAGCUACAGGUCUCGUUAGCUGGAGCAUGGUGUAUUGGGGCUUGAGUACAUGUAUUGGAAUCGGGCCUGGAAUUACUUUGUAUUAUCUGACUGGCCUCUGUCAACAACUACGCUGCAGUGACAACGGGUGGUGAUUAUAUCCCAGCAUUCUCGGCUGAAACUAAAUCCGCGAUCGUGACAAUGUCGUCUGCGUGUGAAGCUUUACCGCGGAUGGAGGAAUGAAUGUGCGAUGCCGUUAUUGAUUUCCUGCAAGGAUGCCGUUACCUACAGUUCCUUGCAUGACUUGAUGCCGUGUUACCGUGAUUCAAUUUUAUGUGUUCACGUGUGACCAAACACCCAAGUUUUCUAUUUAUGCAGUAAUUCUGCAUCAAGCAAGCAUUUUCCAGCAUCAGUGACACAUAGCAUAUACCAUCAUGCCUGUUGGAAUAGCCCACGUUCCACAACACACAAGUGCUUCAUUGCCUACUGGUAUGCCAAGAGGACUUCAUACAGUCAAGGAAAGAUCAAGGAAGGUCUAUUUUUUUCAGAAAGCUGGUGUAUCCCAACCUUGUCCAAGAAACAAAUCCUCUCUCUACAAGAGAACAGGGACAUUAAAGUCGUGGAAAACUCAUUUUCAGAAAGCGAAAUUCUCGGGUGUCCAUUCCAAACCUUCUUUGACGAUGCUGGGGCAUGUGGCAGUGCAGGUUGUGAUAGUGAUGUUUUUAUUUACUGACCCUGUAAUGGCUUGUUAUAAAUUUCCUCCAGGGAAGAAGAAUCCUUGCGAAGAUCACCCAUGUAACUUUGGCGCGAUAUGUGUACCCUCACUGGAUGGCACUUCGCACAGAUGCACGUGUCAAAACCGAUGCGACUCGUACGGUGACAACGUCGGAAGUACGCCAGUUUGUGGAAACAAUGGAGUUGACUACAAGAACAUGUGUGAGCUGGAAAGAGCUGCCUGCACGUCCAUGAAAGAAAUCCGUGUGAAAUAUUUCGGAAAAUGUGACCCUUGCGAAGGCUUUCAUUGUGAGAAGCCCGAGGUGUGCCAUCUCGACAAACAGCGCAAGCCAGUCUGUCGCUGCAAUAUUCAAUGCGCUGACAUCUUUCAGCCAGUCUGUGCCACAAACGGACGUACAUACAGCAAUGAAUGCUUACUGCGCAGAGAAGCAUGCAAAGCUCGUAAAAACAUUGACGUGUUAUAUCCAGGCGAAUGCACUCCAGGAAUAAACAUUAUCAGUCCUGGGCCGGUACAGGAUGACUAUAAGAAAGACGUAACAAACCCCUGUGACAAGAUUCGCUGCGGAGAUGAAGAAGAAUGCAGUGUUGAUCGUCAAGGACAUGCAUCCUGUGUGUGUCCACCUCCAUGCCAGCCUGUUGUUCGGCAAGUCUGUGGCAAUGACAGCACGACAUAUGACAGCGAGUGUGAACUACGGCGACAAUCGUGCUCACAGAAGGUGUAUGUUGUGGUAGCUCACACAGGCCCCUGCGGUCAUGACAUUCCCUGCCGGACAUUCCGUUGUGACUAUGGUGCAGUGUGUGUGGUCAGACAUGGCCAGCCCUCGUGCCAGUGUCCAUCCUGUAACGAAGAUUUUGACCCGGUGUGCGGCGAGGACGGAAUCACCUACAAUAACGAGUGUAAACUCAGGCAGGAGAAAUGUCAGCAUCGAGUCAACAUCCGUAUCAAGCACAAGGGACCUUGCAAUGGUUGUGAAAACGUGAAAUGUGACUUCCAUGCAGUGUGUAACAGUGAUGGGCACCGAGCCGAGUGCGUCUGCAUUGAGAAAUGUACUGAUGUGACAGAUCCAGUGUGUGGAGACGAUGGUAUCACCUACAAGAAUGAGUGUCUCAUGAAAGUCACGUCAUGCCGAUAUCGCAAGUUCAUUUCCAAGGCUUCCGGUGGAAAAUGUGGCAGAUGUGCUGGCAAAGUUUGCAGAUUUGGCGCCAAUUGUGAGAAUGGUGUUUGUGUUUGCCCGAUCCUCUGUGAAACUACCCACAAACCAAUCUGUGCCACCAACGGUCAGACGUACGUGAACCGGUGCGACAUGAAGCGUGCAGCGUGUGCCCAGAACAUGGAGCUGGACGUGGACCAUGAAGGGGAGUGCCCGGACCAUUCUGGAUCUGGUGAUGAGGGUUCUGGUGACUUCAUGGAGAAAUGUGACGAGACAACUUGUCGUUUUGGUGGCGUUUGUACAGCAGCUUGGGACGGCUUCUUUACAUGUGAAUGCAACUUUAACUGUGAGGCACUAAGGUCGCCUGUGUGUGGUUCUGAUGGCAAGUCAUACCCUAAUCAGUGUCAGAUGAAGUAUGAGUCGUGUCAACAACAGAAAGAAAUUCUCAUACAGGACAGUGACAACUGUGAUGAUUUUGGUCCUGAGGAGCCGUGUGAUGGCAACAUGCCGCUGGUGAAUGAGGCAACCGGGGUGGACUACGACUGCAGCAGUGGGCGUGACAGGUGCCCUGCCGGCAGCUAUUGUCACCAGAGUCUCACCUUCUCCAAGUGUUGUGGAGAAGAAAAGGGUAUAUCUCAAUGUUCGGACACCCAAUAUGGCUGCUGUUCAGAUAAUUUGACUCCUUCUCCAGGGUAUGGAGGUAGUGGUUGCCCAGAGUACUGCCACUGUAACAAGAUGGGCUCGUACAAGACGACCUGUGACCCUGUGACUCGCCAGUGCAGCUGCAAGCCCGGGGUUGGGGGGUUGCGCUGUGACCGAUGCCUUCCGGGAUUCUGGGGGAUGCAUUUGAUAGAACAGAAAGGAAAUGUUGGAUGUAUACCCUGCAACUGCAACAUGCGCGGCGCUGUUCGAGAAGACUGCGUCCAGAUGAGCGGCCGGUGCAUGUGUCGACCCAACAUCAGUGGCAUGAAGUGUAACCUGUGUCUGGACAAGAAGUUGCUGGGACCCCUUGGCUGUGAAGUGAGCAGUCAGCCCACAUCGUGUGCAGAACUGAACUGUCAGUUUGGCUCCAUAUGCAAGGAGAAGAACGGUCAACUCUUCUGUGACUGCAGCCACUUCUGUUCUGGAUACGACGAUGAGGUUGGGAAGAGCGUCUGUGGCAGUGAUGGCAACAACUUCCCCUCGGAAUGUCGGCUGCGUCAGUUCGGAUGUCAGAUGCAGCAGGAUAUUCGUAUCCAGUACUACGGCCACUGCCGAGCGGCCCCUUCUAUAAGGACAACAACGCCAAUGCCAUCUACAACCAGAUCACGUAAAACAACUCGACACAUCACAGGACCAAUUCCACCAGAAGUGGAUGAAGCAGAGGCCGGAACUGACCAGCCUUCCACUCCUGAAGUAGAGAAGACAGCCUGUGGCCUGAUGGGCAAGAUCGACGACCUCUGUCUUGAAGACGACAACUGCUGCGUCAACAACAGCCGCUGUCGACUUGGUCUGUGCACUUGUUUCCAGGGUUAUGUCCCUUCCAUCGACAACAGACAGUGUAUAGAGGUAUUUCGAAGUGACCCCAUCAAAACAGAAGAUAUCGACAAUGCCUGCAUGCACUCUCCAUGUGAGAACGGAGGAGAGUGCGAACUUGAUGACUCUCUGGGCUACCGCUGUGUGUGUCCCCUUGGCAAGACAGGACCACUGUGUAAAGAGGACAAUGCAUUCAGUGUACCAUCAUUCAGCGGUAAGUCCUAUCUGAAGGUGCCACGCAUCCGCAAGGCCAACAAGAAUUUGAACAUCGAAGUGGUGUUCCAGACUCUCAACAAAGAUGGCAUCCUCCUCUUCAACUCUCAGAACAAGAAUGGUUCCGGAGACUUCAUCUCUCUUGCCAUAAAGGAUGGAUUUGUGGAAUUCAGAUACAAUCUUGGCGGCGGUGAGUCAACUGUCCGCAGCAAGACAAUGGUGACAUUGAAGAAGUCUCAUCGCGUGGUGAUCAAACGGAGAGGAGAGAAUGCCAUCCUCAUUAUGGACAACGAAGACCCUGUAUCCGGCGCCAGUGACCAUACUCACACGUCCCUCAACCUGGGAGAUCCUCUCUUCAUUGGCUUUGUGCCAAAUGCUUUACCAGAUGUGUAUAACCGUAUUGGCGUCAGUCUUGGCCUGGUUGGCUGUAUACACGUCCUGAAGGCUGGAAACGAGGGCAACCUCAGGAACUACAACUUGGAGUACCCAAACAGGAACACCGACAUUGCUGAUGGCGCCGAUAUUGGUGAGUGUGGCAACAACCCCUGCAAGUCCAUGCCGUGUCAGAACGAAGGAGCCUGUAUCAUGCAAGACCAGAGGAACUACCAGUGUCUGUGUAGGGAGGGGUUCACAGGGCUCCUGUGUGAAAUCCUGGUGGACCCCUGCGCCAGCCAGCCAUGCCAGUAUGGAGGAACAUGUAUAACAAUGGGUAACGAUGUUGGCUACGAAUGUCUGUGCACUGAGGGCAGAUCAGGAACCAGGUGUGAGAAAGAAUCACUGAAGCGUGUGUUUGUACCACAGUUUGCCGGAGACGCGUACAUGGAGCUCCCCCUUGAGGACAAUGUGGGCAAACAGCUCACGAUAGAAGUCUGGUUCAAGGCCUUCAAGCCUAAUGGCGUCAUCCUGUUCGCGACCCAGUUCAAUGGCGGCAAGGGCGACUUCAUCUCCCUCAAUAUGGUCAAGAGGAAGCUACAGUUCCGAUUCUCCCUCGGAGACCGACCAGCUAAACUGGAAACCAGCAAUCACAUCCAUCUCAACAAAUGGCAUCGCGUGGUGAUCACGCGUCUGAACGAGAACGGCCAGAUGACCUUGGACAAACGUCCUACUGUCAAGGGCAAAGCUCCAGAACCUCCACGAGCCCAGGGCACUAUGAAGGAGCUUAACCUCGGCCGACCUCUCUACAUUGGAGGUUACAAGGGGGAGUCUUCUCUACCUGCUGGAGCAGAGAUCACAGCCAACUUCUCUGGUGCAAUACAGAGGAUUACGAUCAACGGCAAGACCAUUGACAGCCUGAUGGAAUCUGCAGAGGAGAUGAGGAACAUCGAGGAGUAUGCUGGUGCCCCAUGCAACAUGAACCCUUGUAUGAACGGUGGGGUGUGUAUCCCCAAGCUGAACGAUGCUGACUGCAGGUGCCCCCUCGAGUUCAUGGGGGAGAGGUGUGAAAAGAGGGCUGAACAUGUUGACAAGGAUCAACCCGUCAAGUUUGAUGGAAAUACAUACCUGCAGUAUCAAAAUGAGAAAACACAAAAAUCUCAAGCACAGAGAAACAACAAUAUCAAAAUAAAGUUCCGGACAAAGGAGCGGAACGGUUUGGUUGCCUUCCAGAACAAGGGGACUAGUGUGAUGGGAGACUAUCUCGCUGUGGCCAUUGUUAAUGAACAUGUCGAGUUCAGUUUUAACCUUGGAAAACAGAGCGAGAAAAAUCUGUUCAAGAUCCGAUCUACAGUGCCUGUUAGUGAUGGCAAGUGGCACAUGAUUACGGCCAUAAGAGAGCUGUCUGAAGGCCGUUUACAGGUAGACAGUGAGACGAUGUUGUCAUCCAUGUCUGGGACUGGGGCUUCACAACUGGACACUGAUGGCAAUCUGUGGAUAGGAGGAAAGCCCGACCUGCCAUGGGGACUUCCUCCAGAGUACUAUUCUGGAUUCACUGGCUGCAUCGAUGAGGUUAUGAUUAAUAGAGUUGACCUUCACCUUGUGGAGGACCGUGAGACCCACAGCAGUACCAUUGCUUUUUGCUCAUAACUACACGACAUGGUAGUCACAAUGUCAUAAUAGGACAGCCUCACUUCUGCCCUUUCCCACCGUUGAAUAUUUUGUGAUCCCCAUCCUUCAAAGUUCACGACCUUUGAUGUGAAAACUCUAGUACAGUAAGGGCAGUUGUCUGUGGUAGCAGAGGAAGGGAGAGAACUCUGCAUCAAGAUUUGUCAUGCGGUGACCUGCAGCAUAUCACAACCCCCAAAAUAUGUGACCUUAACCUUCAGUUUGACCUGACCUCUGGGUCACGACCUUGACCUUUAUGUGGUGUCAUACACUGAGAAUUAUUCAUUUGUGAUUGUGAACACUUUCCUACCACAAACAUUGAUGCACAACCCUGUGAGCUAUGUUCAAUAGAUGUACAGGACAAAUUAUUGUGCCUUUCCUUCGGAUUACCACGAGCGGAACACUUCAAACAAUGUCCAUGGAACUUGGAAAAAUUUGACAUAUGAUUUUCAAGUGACCUCUGAUGGAGAUUGGGGACAUUCAGAGUUGAUCAGGAAUCCAUUAAACUACCAAAAAAUGAGAAUACUUUAAUCAUAUAUUAAUUAGACAUUGUGAAUCCGAUGAAUUUUUUGUGAGAAUGUUUACAAAGAGUACAUGAUAAAAUUAUAAAUACAUUUAACAGUUCCUUGUAUCAAAGUAUAAACCCAGUAUAAAAAUAUAUAACAUAAGUAAACAUGAGCUUUUACUUGUCACAAUACUACUUAAUACUUCAACAUACUAUUCAAGAUUUAUUAUGAUACUCAUGACAAAAAGUAGCUGACCCAAAAUUUCACAAUAACAUAAGUUGUUGAGAAAAUAUCAUAUUUGGCGAAGAAAAAUUAGCCAUGGUUCCUUUCACGAAAAUGGAUGGGAUAAUUUGGAAGCCCAAUCAGGAGUGUAUUGAAGUGAUGGAGUAUGGAUUUGGGAAAGAAUGCUAAUUUUGGCAUGACUGAGUUUGGAUUAGUAUAUGAUUGGUAUAAAUGUGUGAUAAUCAUGGUCAGACAAACGCUUGGCGGUUCAGCAUUGGUCAUAAGAUCUGAAGAUCAAGGAGUUUGAAGACUAGAUUGGAUGAUAUUCUUGUGUGCCCCCCAGCAAUCUAUGAAUUUGCAUUUUAUUUGUAAAUACUGUGUUGUGUUGUAUUGCAAUCAUCAUCAGUGAAAAAGACUGCAUACCUAACUACUGAUGAUAUGAAGGCCAAGAAAAGACAUGUAAAUGUGAACCAGGUUUAGGAAAGUAGUUUUAGAGGUAAUUAUCAGUGGCGUAUACUGAAACAUUCCAAAAUAAACAUUUUACAAACUGUAAAUAUGUUAAUUUUAGUUCUUUUCUUGGCCUGUAUUCACUAACAUGUUUGGUUAUAAUAUCGUGAAAUAUGUCCCAUUGUUGUAGCUUUUUCUGACAAAUAGGAACUGAGCGUCCAUAUAGCGUACUGAUGAUGGCAGAAGCAUUAUGUAAGUUGGUGCUUCGUCUUCACGCGGUUUCCAUCAGAUAAUUUUUGUAAUUAGUACCUGCACCAGCGACAGGAAAUUUAUCAUCUAUCAAGAAUAAAGAGUGUUUUAGAAUGAGA